AUGAUUUAUCGACUUUCUUUAAUUCAAACAGAUGCUGAACGAAUUACAUGUCAAGAACAAAUCGAUCGAUCAACUAAUUUUAUUGUUUAUUCUGUCGAUCAAUUAUGGACUGGUCUUGAAUUAUUACAAGAAUUACAUUUAGAAUAUCGUAUGGAUAUUAAUGAAAUAAAACCUUGGUCAUGUUCAUCAAUUGAAUUAUUUUUUAUUGUUAAUGGUGGCGAAAAUGAUGAUGAUAAAUGA